AUGAGUUGAUCAGCAGUAUAUCAUUCAUCGAGAUCCGCGAAAUAGUCUCUCCUCUGCUCAACGGUCAGGAUUCUCUGUUUCCCAAACUUUCACGCAACUCUCUACCCCCUCUUCUUCCUCCCUCAGCUAGACCUCAUGCUCUCUGUCAGAAGAGAAAGAGAGAGAGAAAGAGAGAGUUUUAUGAUAAAGAAAGUGGGUCUAGUCUCAUUUUCACACUCACAAAUCACAUCACAACUCAGAAUUAGGGCCAGUGGGUCUCUCUCUUUACCCUAUAUUCUUCCACACCCACUCUCACUCUGAUUCCCAUACAAACACUACACUUCCAAAAACCCUGAAUCAGACUAAUAAUGGACGAGAGACCGGAGUCGGAGCUAAUAUCUAUACCGGCAACUCCCCGUGCAUCCACGCCGGAGACUCAAACACCAUCUGGACAGAGAUCUCCAAGGACUACCUCUGCAGCGAUUGGGAAAGAAACAAGGUCAUGUACACCUACAUCUUUCAUAUCUCCGCGAUUCCUGAGCCCGAUUGGAACUCCAAUGAAGAGGGUUUUAACUAAUAUGAAAGGAUAUCUUGAAGAAGUUGGUCACCUCACUAAGCUGAACCCACAAGAUGCUUGGCUUCCCAUUACUGAAUCUCGAAAUGGAAAUGCUCAUUAUGCUGCCUUCCAUAACCUCAACGCUGGAAUCGGAUUUCAAGCAUUGUUGCUUCCUGUUGCCUUUUCUUUCCUUGGCUGGAGCUGGGGAAUACUUUCAUUAAUGAUUGCUUACUUAUGGCAACUUUACACCUUAUGGAUUCUGGUUCAACUACAUGAAGCUGUUCCUGGGAAAAGAUACAACAGAUAUGUGGAGCUUGCACAAGCUGCAUUUGGAGAAAGAUUGGGUCUCUGGCUUGCUCUGUUCCCAACUGUUUACCUUUCUGCUGGUACCUCAACUGCUUUAAUUCUCAUAGGAGGGGAAACUAUGAAACUCUUCUUUCAGAUAGUUUGUGGACCACUCUGCUCAUCGAAUCCUCUUUCGACAGUUGAGUGGUACUUAGUAUUCACAUCCCUUUGUAUCGUCUUGUCCCAACUUCCAAAUCUCAAUUCAAUUGCUGGAUUGUCUUUAGUUGGAGCUAUAACUGCCAUUAUUUACUGCACUAUGGUUUGGGUUCUAUCUGUGAGCCAACCAAGGCCACCUUCAAUGUCAUACGAACCAAUUUCAUUACAUUCUUCUGCUGCCACUAUCUUUUCCAUCAUGAAUGCUCUAGGUAUAGUUGCCUUUGCUUUCAGGGGACAUAAUCUAGUGUUGGAGAUUCAGGCCACAAUGCCAUCGACUUUCAAGCAUCCGGCUCAUGUACCCAUGUGGAAAGGUGCUAAAGUUGCUUAUUUCUUAAUUGCUAUGUGCUUGUUUCCAGUUGCAAUAGGAGGCUUCUGGGCUUAUGGGAAUCAGAUGCCUCCAGGAGGGAUGCUGAGUGCACUGUUUGCAUUCCACAGUCAAGACAUACCAAGAGGGCUUCUAGCGAUGACAUUCCUUUUAGUAGUGUUCAACUGUCUCAGUAGCUUCCAAAUAUACUCAAUGCCUGUUUUCGACAGCUUUGAAGCCAGCUACACAAGUCGAACGAACCGCCCAUGUUCGAUCUGGGUGAGGUCCUGUUUCAGGGUAUUCUAUGGUUUCAUAUCACUCUUAAUUGGAGUGGCACUCCCUUUCCUGUCUGGCCUAGCUGGUCUUCUAGGAGGGCUAACACUUCCGGUUACAUUUGCUUAUCCUUGCUUCAUGUGGGUUCUGCUAAAGAAACCGGCUAAGUAUAGCUUCAAUUGGUACCUCAAUUGGAUUCUUGGUUGGAUCGGGAUUGGUUUCAGUUUGGCGUUUUCGGUUGGAGGAAUUUUGAGUUUGGUUAAUAAUGGAAUUAAACUCAAAUUCUUCAAGCCAAACUAAUGUUGUUCUUAUGGUCUUGAGGUUAUAUGUAUCAAAUAUAUGACCACUUUGUUGUUGUAAUGACUAAUUUGUAUUCUUAUGUUGUAUCAAAAAAUGAGACAUUUUUAUUACUAUUUGUAGUUAAGUGA